GGAGGGCAAGGUAAGGUUUGGGGCGUAUAUAAUCGUUCUGCGCGUUGCCUCGGUGCUCACCUCCGUCACGUUGGUCCCUGAGCCAGUGGUUGGUGAGAAUCCAGUACCCACAAAAGGUGACGACACAAAUCAACAACAAAUAAAUAAUAGGAGCAAAAGAGUUUCAUCCUCACACUACUCAGAAAAGAAUAUGAGCAGGUGUGGCACGAUAAGCGUCCCGUUGAAAAAACACAAACAUUGGCAGCAGCGACUCUGCAGGAACGACGGGACGGGUGUUGGGGACGCCAGCACCGCCGCGCGAGUACCCGGGGCAAGACUACUGUCCAGUGUGUGCCGCGUGUGGCCUGGCGGGGGGACACGACAGGCAGUGUGUGUGUGUGUGUGUGUGUGUGUGUGUGUGUGUGUGUGUGUCAUCUCCGUGCAGGGUCGGGCGGCAGACUCACCGCCACACACCCACAGCCUCCUGCCAGACACUCACCACCAUGACAGCCUGAACAAGGCCUAGCGGUGCAUGCCUAAGCCUAGGUGAAGCUGAUCCUACGAGGGGAAGGAUGACGGAAGACAUGCCCCAGAGGAAGACGUCAGCCAGGAAUCCCCGCGCGGUCAGCCUCUUGCUGGGGGUGCGGCAGCAGCAGCAACCGAUGGCAAGUCUGGAGAAGCAGGGUGAGAUGGAGGUGUGGCCAGGCCUGUACACACACCUCACCUCCCAGCUGAUGGCCCUGGUGUGGGGCAAGGUGGUGCUGGUGCUGGAGGUGUGGCCAGGCCUGUACGCACACCUCACCUCCCAGCUGAUGGCCCUGGUGUGGGGCAAGGUGGUGCUGGUGCUGGAGGUGUGGCCAGGCCUGUACACACACCUCACCUCCCAGCUGAUGGCCCUGGUGCAGGGCAAGGUGGUGCUGGUGCUGGAGGUGUGGCCAGGCCUGUACACACACCUCACCUCCCAGCUGAUGGCCCUGGGGCAGGGCAAGGUGGUGCUGAUGCUGGAGGUGUGGCCAGGCCUGUACGCACACCUCACCUCCCAGCUGAUGGCCCUGGCGUGGGGCAAGGUGGUGCUGGUGCUGGAGGUGUGGCCAGGCCUGUACACACACCUCACCUCCCAGCUGAUGGCCCUGGCGCGGGGCAAGGUGGUGCUGGUGCUGGAGGUGUGGCCAGGCCUGUACGCACACCUCACCUCCCAGCUGAUGGGUGGGUACUGCCUGCCGUCCAGGCCAAGAGUGCCGCCCACACCCUCAGUGCCUUGCUGGGCCACCACUGCCCCCCUGCUGGACCCCCCUGCAGCCAUCACCAAGGAGAUGCGGGGCGAGGCUGACCCCAGCACCUUCACCCUGAGCCUCUCCUUCCAAGGCCUGAGUGGUAUGGGUGAUGCAGAGGCUCUCACUCAGGUGGUGCUGCCCGUGGCCUACCAGUUCAACCCACAGCUGGUCCUGGUCACUGUCAGCCUUGAUGUUGGUUGCCGCGUGAGUCCCGAUUGCUUUGAACAUAUGAUGGCCCUUCUGUCUGGCCUGGCCAAGGGCCGCAUGGUUCUGGCACUGGAGGGCGGCUUCAGCCUCAACACCAUCAGCUACUGCAUGACGCUGUGUGCCAAGGCCUUGCUGGGGGAUCCGCUGCCCCCCCUUGAGCCCCAGCUGGUGCCCAACAAGAGUGCCGUGCAGACCAUCAGUGACGUCAUCCGUACCCACAGCCGCUACUGGCCGGCGCUCUGCUUCAAGUCCUUGUGGUGCCUGACCCUGGGCAAGGUUACUUUCUUUACUGCCCUCACACUGCUCCUUGCCUCCCUGGAGCAGAGUCAGGGAGAGGUUGUCUACAUCUAG